AUGUAUGGUUCGCUGGGCAUUGUUGGUUUUGUGUCAGGAUGCGCCCUUUACUUUUGCUUUUAUCCUGGGCGCGAUAGAAAAAUGAUGGAUCAAGGGGUCAUUACCGAUGGCACAGAACCUGGAGUGAAUCGAGUUGAAACACCUUUGCAAGAUGGGCCGUAG